AGAAUAGUAGCAGUCGACCGUUGAGUGUUAACGGCGCGCCGUUGCUCCGCUCUUUUGUUUUAUUUUCUCCUCGAGCAUAAUUAUACUUGAUUAAAUAAGUUUGUUGCGUAACCAUCCACUGCUCCACAAUUCCGAUCGUCUCGACAAUUUUACGUACUGAUAAAGGUGCUGUAUCUAGAUUAGUGUAAAAAUUAGAUGAACAUGGUGUACGUGAUCAUCUUGUCGGUGAUAGCCGGCGCUUUGGGCGUUUAUUACUUCCUCUUCAAGGAUCUGAACUACUUCAAGAAACAUAACAUCCCGCAUAUUAGACCAUUGCCUUUGGUAGGCAACUUGGGACCAAUGAUUUUUCGAACACAAACUGCGGCUGCGCUCAUGAAAGACCUGUACGACGUGCAUCCCGAGGCCAAAUAUACCGGAAUGUAUGAAUUUACCAAGCCGCUACUGAUGCCGCGUGACCCUGAACUCAUUAAAUCCAUUGCGCUGAAGAACUUCGAAAUGUUUCCCAAUCAUCGCAGCCUGGUCGCGGAGGAUCAAGAUCCAUUGUUUUCCAACAAUCUGUUCUCCCUGCAAGAUGAUAGGUGGCGAGAGACACGAGCUGUGAUGAGUCCGGCCUUCACGUCCAGCAAAAUGAAAGGUAUGUUCAAGCUAAUGUCGGACUGUGCCACCAACUUCGGCAAAUUUGUGGAGGAAUUGCCGCCGGACCAGAGGGUGAUGGAGAUGAAGGAUAUUUUCACGAAGUACACCAACGAUGUGAUUGCCACCUGUGCCUUUGGAAUCAGCGUCGAUUCCAUGCGUAACCCGAAAAAUAUCUUCUAUGUGUACGGCAAAAAGGCUACUACUUUCGACAGUUUCGCCACUUUCCUGAAGUUUUACAUAUUCAGGAGCCUGCCGUGGCUGGUGAAAAUAAUCAAACUAAGGUUGAUUCGCACGGAGAUCGCGGAAUUUUUCCAGAACCUCGUGGAAACCACCAUCAAGACAAGGGAAGAACAGGGUAUCGUUCGGCCGGACAUAUUGCAGUUGAUGAUGGAAAGUAGAGGGAAGAAAGAAGGUAGGAAAGAUCUAACUAUCAGCGACAUGACUGGCCAGGCCUUCAGCUUCUUCUUAGGUGGCUUUGAAAGUACGUCGACGUUGAUGUGUUUUGUCGCGCAUGAAAUUGCGGUUAACAAAGAUAUUCAAAAGAGACUGCAGAACGAGAUCGACCAGGUUCUCGAGGACACGAAUGGUGAAUCGCCGUAUGACAUAAUCAACAACAUGGAAUACAUGGACGCUGUGGUGAAUGAGACUCUCAGAAAGUACCCGGUCGCCGUAGCGUUGGAAAGAGUAUGCAAGAAGGAUUUUGAGUUACCGCCGACGUUACCAGGCGUGAAGCCCUACACCGUGAAGAAAGGUCAAGUUAUUUGGAUAUCGGUUUACGGACUCCACCAUGAUCCAAAGUACUUCGAGGAACCCGAAAAAUUCAAUCCCGAAAGGUUUCUUGGCGAACAGAAAAAACAUAUUCACAACACUGGAGCUUAUUUGCCAUUUGGCUUAGGCCCCAGGAUGUGUAUAGGUAACCGAUUCACCCUGCUAGAAACAAAAGUGUUAUUUUUCCACCUGCUGGCACGUUGCGACCUGCUACCUUGCGAGAAGACGGGAAUACCGCUCGAGUUAGCCAAGACUGGUUUCCUUAUGAAAGCCAAAGGAGGUUUUUGGCUGAAGGCGAUGCCGAGGAAAAAACCUCAUCGCACCAUCACAGUUAACAAUCUUAACGGCGCAUAGAACCUGACUGAGAAAUUUUUGUUGAUUAGUCAGAUUCAUAUAUAAGUGUUUUAGGUAACAUUGGAAUUUAUUGCGAAAUAAAAUCCAUCCCAAAUAUAAAUACAUUUUCCUCUAGAGAAAUAUAGCAUCGAAAAAUUAUAAGCAAAAACAUUUGAAAUUUUUAUAAUCAUUACUCAAUGACAAUCAUCUUAUAAACAUUUUUCCUUUUUAAUUUUGUGGUAAAAUAUCUACUUUAAGGAGCUGUUGUUGAAUUUCUGUCUUAUGACAUUCUUUAUUUCCUUAAAUUUUUUUAUGUCCCCUUUCUUUUCAACAAUGUAAAUGAAAUCGAAACUAAAAUUUCAUUUUUUUAAAUUUCAUGGUUCUCAGAUAAAUAAUUGUUGUGGUAGUAUUUGUGGUAGUAAUUGUACGAACAUGACAGAGAUGACUUCUUUCUAUAUGUUAAUAUCCGCCAUAUUCUUGUUAAUUAUAUACUUUGUUUUUUAAUAACCAAACUAUUAACGUGGCUAGUUUUACUAGUCUAGUAGCGUAAGGUCAGAAUGCCAUAUAUAAAAUUUGUAUCUUGAUUAGCAGUUACGAGGUCUGCGCGAGUGGUCUCCACAGUUUCUCCGUCGGCCGUUAAUUAUGGGCCAAUGUUGCUUAAUUUUAUUCACUGACGAUGGAGAAUAUUAAUACAAAAUUUAUAUUCGUUCAAUACUUCGUACACGAUAUAUCGAGAAUAUUAUACAAAAUAUAAAAAGAGAUUAAAAAAUUUACUUUGCUAUUAUAUUAAAUAAAUUAUUUUAUUUUUAACUGGCAUAUUCUGAUUUUAAUGAGAGAAAAAACAUUGAACUAAUAUCUGUAAAAACAGACUUUAUAAUAGAACUAGAGAACAAUCUGUAAUUUUAUGUAUAAUACAUAUUAAAAUAUAUAAAAAUUAUGAAAUGUA